AUGACAACAACUCAAUGGAUUAUCAUUUGUAAACUUGAUCCUCCUCCAGACGCUCGAGACAGAAAUAAUCAACGCGUCACAAAGUUUGACCAUCGUACAUCAAUUACUAAAGACAGAGACCUCUUCCCAGAAGAGAAUUACGAAAACUAUCAAGUAGGAAGCCUAGUGCUGAAACACUUAAAACGUGACUGUAACCGAGAAGCUAACUCGCUUCUAGAUUGGCUGGAAAAAGGAAUCUACGACGCUCUCUCUAGACAUUACCUUCGUUCAGUAAUUUUCGGCAUAUCCCUUGAUCCCAAUGAACCUGAUAAAUUCGUAGAAUCGUACACAUUCACGGUAUCUUAUGUCAAUGGAGAGCCUUUUCUGAGAAUAGAAAAUGACUGUGGAGUAUUAGGUACAGGUAUGGAAGAGGUUGAAAAGAGUACACAACAACUGCUGAGGAGAUUGAUUUUGUUGACACAGACGCUAAAGCCACUUCCGGAUAAGCGCUACCUAACAAUAAAACUUUAUUACUACGAACAAAUCACACCGCGAGAUUACGAACCCCCAUUCUUUCGACCUGCUAGUGAUCCAAGCAAUAUGGAGACAAGACUCGAGAAAUCUAUAGUUGGACAAAUCAAAACUGGACAUCACGAUAUAGGGUUGGUGAUACAGACCGUGCCUGAUGCGUUCGAUAAUGAUGGUGAUGAACGUGCAGUAGAUACGAAUAUAGUGAAUAACAGAAAAGAAAAACUGGACCUUCUGGGAGCCUGUUCAACUCCAACUGUUGCUAGCACACCAACGAAAACGCACUACAAUCAGACAGUGACGUCAUCAUCAACAAUAACGUCAUCAUUACCUUCGUCUUCAGUACUAACGUCAUCAUUGUCAAACCGUCCCCCGCCACGCGAAACCACGUUACGUCAUGUAGAACCCAUAUGCCAAAGUACGAGACACGAAAAGGACAAGGAGAAUGUCAAUGAUGAAAAGAAGAUUGCGGAAAAGAAGCAAAACGAAGAUGAAAAAGAGGAAAGCGUAAAAAUCGUAUCAAUAGAUAUGGAUACUAGUGAGAUAGAAAAGACGCAGAUUACGGGAGAUAAGUGGGAUAGCAGAGAAUGCCGCUGUAUUUGUGGCGUAAAUUCGUUAGAUCAACUCAUGCUAUCCUGCCCUACCUCCUCCAAACUUUGCUCCGCUAUUCGUUCGUUAGGAAUAUCAGCUCUCUACCGUCGUGCCCUUUACCAAAUCUGGUGUUCUGGGUUUCCAUCGACAUGCAAACAAUUCUCGCUCAACCUCGGGGUGAAACCGUUUGUUGCACGCACGUUGCAGAAAAUGUUGGCCGAGGAGGGAUUUAUUGUGAGGCGGUCAGGUAGAAAGAGAGGUACUUCGCCAUAUGAAGUUGUGAGGAGUGGUGAAUGUAAGAAUUUGUUUGAGGCGUGGUUUAUCGAGUUUGAAGGACGAGAUGAACGGAUCAAAGAUGGUACGGAGCAUGAAUUGACAAUUGCGGAUGAAGGUCAGAAUAUGGCACCGACUUGUGUGCAGACGGACGAGAGUUCAUGUGGAGAGAUGAAGUCUUCUCACAUAGACGCAAUUCCAAGUCCGGCUUCCGACAAUUCACGUGAAGUCAACAUGUAUGACAUAGUGCCACCGCAUCAUCAUGGUCGUGGAAUGGAAGAGGAUAAUCCUUGCUCGCAAAACAAAAAGAGAAAAAUAUCCAUAAACUUUAAGCAUUUUGCGGGACCCAUGUGCUAA